UCUGAGCGGGCCGUCCUCCACAACCCUGUCAAAUGAGGAAGUUCAGAGCAGCAGAGUAGCUGCUUCCUUUUAUACGUUUUCCGAGACAAGUGGGCCAAUAAAAGAACCUGUGCAAAGAUGGUUGAAAGGAGCCAAAGCGCUGCGCUCUGAAUUUCGAUUUGGGACGACGAAACUAUUUGGCAUCAUGGACAGAGAGAGAAUACUGAGUCAGCCGCCCUGGCGUCACGGUAAUAUCACGCGUUCAAAAGGUGAAGAGCUUCUAUCCAAAGCUGCAAGAGAUGGAAGCUUCCUCAUCCGGGACAGUGAGUCCAUUCAGGGAGCUUUCGCCCUCUGUGUUCUACACCAGAGCAGUGUCUACACAUACAGAAUCCUGCCAAAUGAGGAUUCACAGCUCUCGGUUCAGGCAUCGGAGGGUGUUCCUAUCAGGUUCUACUCCAUGCUGUCUGACCUGGUGGAGGCCUACUACAGUCCCAACAUGGGUCUGGUGACACAUCUGCAGUAUCCAGUCCCCAGGGAGGAGGAGGUGGAAGAGGAGUCAGAGUCAAACCCACCUCAGCUUCCACCCAGAACGUUCAGCGGAUAUGACGUGAAACAGAGCGAGCAGGCCAUCAAGACUCUGCCAAACUGCUUCCUGACCAGACUGCAGCAAAUAGACCUGCCAGCACUCCCAGAGGAGCAGCUGAUGGCCAUUCAAGACUACUUCAGGGACUCCAUGUCUUUAGAUGCUGAGCAGGUACAGAAUGGUAACCCCAGCAUGCCGGGUUUAAAGAAGCUCAUCUUCACCAUGUUCAAAAAUCUAAACAGUGAAAUCGCCAGACUCCUACCAGCUUUAGAAGUCUUGCACCGAACGCUGGACACACACCAGUCCCCGGGGCUUGGAUCAUCUCACAGACAAUUCUUUGCUGACCCGGGUCAGUCUGUCACUUUCACGCUUGACCAGCUGACUAAACUCCUCUACUCAAUCGAAGACAAGGCAAAAAAUUUCGUCUUUGACACAAUAGGUUAUGAAGGAGGCCACAGAAAAUCUCUCAUCCCGACAGUUACAUUCGAGGUCAAGCAGGAAUCCCUGGGUAUCGCUACCAAGAUGUUCCUGAAGGUGGACGUUGAAAGUGGCAAGCUUUACUUCAAGAAGUCAAAAGACGGACCUGAAGACAAAUACUAUGUGCACAAUAAAAUCCUACAGUUGGUGAAAUCCCAGACGAUGCAUGCCAAGCUAGUCGUCGUCGUGGAAACAGAGAAGGAGAAGAUCUUGCGCAAAGAGUUUGUGUUUGAUGACACAAAGAAAAGAGAAGGAUUCUGCCAGCUGCUGCAACUAAUGAAAAACAAGCACUCUGGGAAGCCCGAGCCAGACAUGAUAACGGUUUUUAUCGGCACCUGGAAUAUGGGAAACGCUGGUCCACCUCACAACAUCAGCUCAUGGUUUCAGUGUAAAGGUCAAGGCAAGACCUGGGACGACACAGCGACUCACAUCCCUCAUGACCUGUAUGUCAUCGGGACUCAGGAGGAUCCUCUCAGUGAGCGGGAAUGGGCUGACACGGUGAAAAGCGUUUUGAGAAACAUCACUAAUAUCAGUUUUAAACAGAUUGCCAUUCAAACGUUGUGGAACAUCCGGAUAAUAGUUUUGGCAAAGCCCGAGCAUGAAAACCGAAUUUCACAUAUCGUCUCAGACAGUGUGAAAACUGGGAUUGCCAACACUCUUGGUAACAAGGGAGCUGUGGGAGUCUCCUUUAUGUUCAAUGGUACCUCAUUUGGUUUUGUCAACAGUCACCUGACCUCUGGAAGUGAGAAGAGGCUACGGCGAAAUCAAAACUAUCUGAGCAUCCUUCGUUUUCUCAAUCUGGGAGACAAAAGGCUGAUCCCGUUUGACAUUGCUCACCGCUUCACUCACCUGUUCUGGUUUGGCGACUUGAAUUACCGCAUUGACUUGCCAUCCACAGAUGCUGAGUUAAUUGUGUCAAAGAUCAAACAGCAGCAGUACCAGGACCUCCUUGUGAAAGACCAGCUCUCCAUUGAGAGGCAGGAAGGAAGGGUCUUUGUGCACUUCAGCGAGGAAGAGAUCACGUUUGCGCCAACGUACCGCUUCGAAAGGUACUCAAGGGAGAAGUAUGCCUACACAAAGGCCAAGGCCACUGGGACCAAGUAUAAUUUGCCCUCCUGGUGUGAUCGUGUCCUGCGGAAGUCGUACCCGGAUGUUUAUGUCCUUUGCCAAGCUUACGGAUGUACAAAUGACAUCAUGACAAGCGACCACUCGCCAGUGUUUGCCUCAUUCGAAUUGGGAGUGGCCUCUCAGUUUGUCUCCAAAAAAGAUCCAAACAGCCAACCUCAGGGCGGGAUACAGAUCAUGAACUGUAUGGCCAACCUGCUGACCAAGUCGAAGACACGGUUCUUCAUUGAGUUCUACUCCAGCUGCCUGGAAAAGCGGGUUAAAACUUCAGAGGGAGAGAACAGGGAGCACUCAGAUGGGACCAUUAAGGUUGUCUUUGGCACCACAGUUAAGCUCACACCAAUCAUUUCUGAUGCCGAAUACCUGCUGGACCAACACAUCCUCAUCUGUGUGAAGUCAACAGACUGUGACGAGUCAUAUGGUGAGGGCUGCAUCGCUCUCCGAUCAGCUGAGCUGUGUUACAAAGAGUUUGACAUUCCGUUGACUCACCACGGAGAGAAAACAGGAUUUCUUACAGGGGGAAUACAGCUCACCACCUCUGAGCGAAAGCCCUCAGAGAAGUUGUACGAUUUUAUCAAAAUUGAAAGAGACGAGUCAGUCACACUGAAAGGCAAAAUCUGUGAGCCAAACAAGGGCUCUCCUGACCAAGUGCUGGACAUUUCUAACCCAAGCUACAUGGGCUUGCCAUACAAAGGCGCUCCGAACAAGAGCUGGUCUUACACUGCAGCCGCAAAGCCGGACUCUGCAGUCGGGUCAAUGUCCUCCAGUCCAGUGUUCGACAAAGAAAAGGCGUCUGAAAUGUUCGACAAUCCUCUCUAUGCGUCAAUGGCCAGAUCAUACAGUCAAGACUUCGCUCAGGUGGCCCAGCCGCCACCUGUGGAGUCCAACAUGGCUGCCAGGCCAGCAGAUGGGGAAUAUGACCGCCGGCCUGUGCCAAAUCCACGGCAACGCUCCUUCACCUGUUCCGAGAAUAAACCCCCUUCUGUCAACACCGUCCAGAGUACCCUGAUAACCAAAAAGCCGGUGGUACCUUCACGAUCGGAAGGCGGGAUGGGACCCAGCCGCCCUCCUCUGCCUGCUAAGUUUAAGCCUGCGCCUCCAGACCACGAGAACCCAAAGAUGAGAGACUACAGGGACACUUCCGAAAUACCCACCAAGCCUCGACCACAGGCCAGAUCCAGCCAGCUUCAGCCACAGAAAGACGCACAUCAUGAUCUCCCUCGGAUUGGCCGUUCCACGAAGUGAGCCCCACGCAGCACAUACAAACUCCUGGAAGCUUCGGCCUGAACACCUCAAGGAUGCCUGUGUUUAACCUAGAAAAAUGUGAAUCAAUCAGAAUAUCAUCCUCUCAGGAAGAACAAAUACAGCGCUGAAUGCUCAUGCAAUUAUAAACCCACAGCGCAACACAAACAUGGCACAUUCAGCUCUACACUUUCGCCAAAGCAAAAAUGUGACUAGCUUUCUUUAUGUGGCAAUAUUAUUUGUCCCACACAAAUUAUUGCUUUCGUAAACAGUCAGUAUUAUUUCACAAAGACCAGCUUUAAUUUACGU